CUCUUUUAAUAAUAGAAAAUUCUAGAUGGCUGGCCUGGUCUCCCUGCUCCCCUGGCUUCCCUCCUUCUGAAGUAGGUAGUAGUAGUUGCAUUUUGCUGAUGCAGAAUCUGAGACACAGAGGUCAAGUAACUCACCCGAAGUGCCAUGGCUCAUGUGCAGGGAACCUGCUUCACUGCAGGGAAAAGUGUAAAUGAGUAUAAAACUUUGCUGGUGGGCAGUUUGGAAACACUAACAAUUAAAAAUGUUCAUUCCCUUUCACCUAGUAAUUCUGCUUCCAGGAAAUCCAUCCUAAGAAAACGACCAAGAUGAAUCCUUUUUUCCUGCUGCAUGUGUGAAAUGAUAGCACAUUGUGACGCUGGGCUGCGGCGGCGUCAUAAUGUCGUUUAGUAUAUGGCAUGACAGUGGAUGCUAGUUCUUAAUAAUUAACGCUAAACAAAAAGUACAAACAAAAGGUCUGUACGAUAUGUAUGUACACAUCGUCAUAGACCGUGAUUUCUGUGGGUGGUGGGACUGUGAUUUUUAAUUUCCUCAUCGUCCUUUUUCUCUGUUUUUACAAUUAGCACUUAUUAAUUUAGAAUUAGAAACAAACCCCAAGUGUCUUCCGGUUUGUGUGUGUGGUCGAUGCUGUUUCCACGACGAGUGGGCCCGGGCUCCCCGGGGGGGGGGGGGCGGUUUGCGGGUGAGCGGCGGCAGGAUCUCCCGGAGGCGCGGGGCGGGCGGGUGGAGAAGAGGGUAGCGGCUCGGUCCGCGGAGGAGCGGGUCUGGAGGCAGCCUGUGUUCGACCCUAGGCGGGUGGGCGGCGCGGGCCGGCGGGCAGGGCGCGCCGAGGGUGGGGGAGCAGUCCCCGCGCCCAAGUGUCGCCAUGCUGCCGGGGGAGAAGGUCAGCUGGGGUGGACCGGAGUCCCAGUCGCCCAGGUGGGCCGGGGAUGAGGGGGCCGGGCUGCGGGGACUCUCUGGAGGGGCAGGGUCCCGAGCGGGCGGGAGCCCUUGGGCGGCGCGAGGAGCCGGUAGUACGGGGCGGGAGUCCGGGUUCGCCUCCCCAGGGGUGCUCGGCGAUGGUGGCUUCCUCCUUGUGCUGCCGACCAGCGAGCCCCGGUCCGGUCUCGGUGCUCAGGGACAGUCCUCACCCUCACGCACGCGCCUCCGCAGGGCCGCCGGCCCAGACCCAGACUCCACUUUCUCGCUCACCAGCUCUCUCCCAACCCACACUAACCCUGACGAUGAGGGGAAACAGAGUGCCGCUGGGAACUACUACGAGCUGUUCGCGGCCGCACUGGGUAACUUGGAAUGGUUGCGCUUCUGUCUGAGUCGGGGUCGUGACAAAAUUCCGGCAGAUGACAAGGGCUUCACUGCCAUCCACUUUGCAGCCCAGAGUGGCAAGCUCACGUGCCUGCAGGCCUUGGUAGAGGAGUACAAGUUUCCUGUGGACCUGCCCACCAAGAAUGGCCAGACACCGCUGCACCUGGUCAUCGACGGGGACAACAAGAGCAUGACCCUCCCCUGCAUUCACUAUCUACUUGAGCAAGGGGCGGCCCUCAACACGCAGACAUGCAGUGGCUGCACACCCCUCCACCUGGCAGCCUGCAAGGGCCUGCUGAGCUGUGUGAAGGUGCUGGUGCAGAAUGGUGCCAAUGUCCAUGCCCGGGACGCCCUGGGCUGCAAGCCCAUCGACUACUGCAAAAUAUGGAACCACCGCAACUGUGCCCGGUACUUGAAGGAUGCCAUGUGGAAACGGGACAAGAAGGACUUCGCUCGUGAGAUGGGGAAACUGAAGAGGCUCAAGGACCAGUUGGCCUUCAUGGAACAGGACUACCUGACUGAGUAUCAGAAAGAGCACCAAGUUCUGAGAGAAGCCGACUACAAGAAGUGGCUCCAUCGCAAGCAGCUGCUCCGAGGCCAGUCCCAGACUCGCAACACCAAGCAAGCACCUUAUGCCCCCCAGCUGGCGAGCACGGUCUCCAGGACCCCCAAGCGCCAGGGGCCCCAGAAGAGCUUCUACCCCUCCCCGGAGGCACGCCUGUGGCAGACCUCAGUGCCCAAGCUGCAGCCUUCGGGGAUACCCACCCCCACCUACAUGCAGCCCAUGGUCAGGCGGCCCAAGUCAUGGAAUGUUAGCAACAACCCUGCCAGAUCGCCCACCACCCAGAUCGGCUACCCACAGGGCAUCCGCCUGGGUGUGCAUCCGGACCCCAGCCUGGAGCAUGACUUCCGCAGCUUCCUCGAGGUGAGGUCUGACCGGUACGGUGGUGUACAGCUGCGUACGGUGGCCGGCAGCCUCGUAGCACCUGUGCCCCAGCUGCCUUUCGAGGUGGUAGUCCAAGAGCUGCAUCCUUCAGUGCGGCCACACAGGUUGAAAGUGCCCCAGGGCUUCAGCCCUGUCAGCAUGAGCACUGUGCCCCAGAAGCGGCACUUUAGUGACGACAACUUUUGGACCGACACUCUGGCCAUGAACCUGCGUGAGACCUUUGAUGAAGCCUUCCUGGCCGCUGUGCGAGCCCAUCAAGGGCUCCCCACUCUGCCCUCCCCCAAGAGUCUCCCAUAAACUUAUUUUGGUAAGUAUCAACCUGAGGCAGCCCAGUGAGGGCCUGAGGUGUGGUGAUUCACGAUGGGGAUGGAAGGGAGAGGAGUACCCACAGGCUUCCCACUUCCCGCUGCCAAGCUUAAAGAUCGGAGCCCCUUCUCUUUCAACAAAAGCAUAGAUCCCAGGACUCCCUUCUCCAAGAAGAAAUUUCUUGGAUUCCCCAGGAGGAUGAAGCUAGGGCGGAGGCCUCAGAGUGGGCAUCAGUCUUUAUCCUGGGCACUUGCAUUGUAAAAGUGACACUUUGGUGUCCCCACUAUCUCUCCUCCCCACCAGGAGCAAGUUCGAGGAUGGGGGAACCACUGGAAAAGUCUGCCUCUUGUUCAGAUGAAGUCCUUCAAGGUUUCUGUAGUUCAGGGAGGCAUAAGCAGCAUACGUUGGGGGAAGGGAAGGAGGACCUGUGGCUUCAGUUUCGGCUAUACAAGCACUUGUACUUCUUUCAGGAAGCUGUCCUGGGUCCCCUGUUAUGCCCUGGAUGCAUCACUACAAAUCGUUCAUUAAACAAACAUUUAUUGAGUGCUUUCUAUGUACCGGGCA